GGUGCUUUAAUCCUGUUCCCCCAUCCCUCAGCGCCUCUCUCACUCCUGUUUCUCACUCUAACUUUCUUUCUCAUUCAAUGCUUUACCGAACCCUCCAUAGCCCUUUCCUCUUCACUUUCAACCCUUUCUCUCACUACCCACAUCUGCUCUCUUCUUCUCGCUCUAAGGGAAUGGAGUUUCUGCACGAAACGGCGUCGUUUGGAGAUGAAGGCUUGUGGAGUUCCGGCGCCGGCGCCGGCGGGGACGACCUGUUUGUCGACGAGCUUCUUGAUUUUUCGAAUGGAGAUUCUGAAUUGGAGGAGCAUCUCGUGACGGAGCAGCCGCCAGAGGAGAAAAUUGGAGCUUCCUGUGGCUCGCCGGAAAAACCCCCGGCGGGGGCUGAAAUGAAGGGCUUCGCCGGAGAAGAUGAGUUCGGGUCUUUCCAUGGAAGCGAGCUGAAAGCUGAGGCCGAGGGUUUGGAGAGUUUGGAAUGGCUCUCGCAUUUCGUCGAGGAUUCGUUGCCGGAUUAUUCCCUCGCCGGAAAACUGGUUCCUCAGUCGUCGGAAAAAAUGUCCGACGCGGCGGUUCCGGCACCGUGCUUUGCGACCCCGGUUCAGACGAAGGCGAGGACGAAGAGGGCCCGGACCGGGGUCCGGGUCUGGCCGGUUCUGUCUCCGUCGUCGUCCACCUCGUCGUCGAUAUCGUCGGCGUCGUCAACGACGACGUCGUUUUCGCCGCCCAAUCUUCUACUGGUCCCGGCCCAGCCUAAACCGGCGAAAAAACAGAAGAAAAAACCGGCCGACGGCGGCGGCGCGGCGGCGCAGCCGCGCAAGUGCAGCCAUUGUGGCGUCACCAAGACUCCUCAGUGGCGGGCCGGCCCGAUGGGCUCAAAAACACUUUGCAAUGCCUGUGGAGUGAGAUAUAAGUCGGGCCGGCUCUUACCCGAAUACCGGCCCGCUUGCAGCCCGACCUUCUCUACCGAGUUACAUUCCAACAAUCACCGGAAAGUUCUGGAGAUGCGGCGGAAGAAAGAGACGGAAACCGGUGGCGCCACCGGUUCGCCUCCGGUUCAGAGUUUUUGAAGAGGUCUCAAUUUUAUUAGGUAGGAAAGUACCAAAAAAUAGGUAAAAUUAUAUCUAUAUUUAUAUAUAUAUGAAUUUUAGGGUAAGAGUUAAAUUCGAGGCUACAGUAGGAUAUGAUAUGAUCUGAAAACCGGUGUGUUGAACCCGGUUCGUGUAUCAGACAGCUCGGUUCAGUUAGUGUACAUUCUUUUUCAAGGACCAGGGGCAUGGAAAGCCUUUAAUUUUUAAUUUA